CGCGCGCCCCGGCAGGCAGCGAAGUAAACUGACCUUCUCCUCGGCCUCGUCGCUGCUCAUCCCGGAGCCUGACGAGGACCUUGAAUGUUUUUCAGCAGUUUGAUUUCUCCUCGUGAUUUGUUCUCCACGCGCAGCCAUGUCCGCAACGCUGGAGAUCCCCGAGCUGCAGGACCUGAAAGUGGAUGAGGUCAACGUGUCAUCUGCUGUGCUGAAAGCUGCUGCUCACCAUUAUGGCUCUCAGUGUGACAAACCCAACAAAGAGUUCAUGCUCUGUCGCUGGGAGGAGAAGGAUCCCAGGAAAUGUCUAGAAGAGGGGAGGAAAGUCAACGAGUGUGCACUCAACUUCUUCAGGCAAAUCAAGGGUAACUGUGCAGAGUCAUUCACGGAGUACUGGACCUGUCUGGAUUAUUCCAACUUGGUGGAACUGCGCCGGUGCCGUCAGCAGCAGAACGCCUUCGACAGCUGCGUCCUCGACAAGCUGGGCUGGGUGCGACCUGAACUAGGAGACCUGUCUAAGGUGACCAAAGUGUCGACCUCGCGGCCGAUCCCUGAGAACCCUUACCACUCUAGACCACGUCCUGAGCCCAACCCAGUCAUCGAGGGGAAACUGGAACCAGCCAAGCAUGGCAGCAGGUUUUUCUUCUGGACCUGGUGAGGCAGCACCAGAACAGUCAGUCAUCUUCCAAAUCCAUGGGCCCUGUCCAAAACCUGCUAUUCCACAUGUGACCAGUAAUGCAUCUGUGUUACUUAAGAAAGUUUAAAUCUCUCAAGUGUGGGCACAGUGAUAUCCAUUACUGGUUCUAAAACUUUAACGUUAUUUCUGAGUGUUGGUUUUGGACAGGGCUCGUGUCCUGGCAGUCUGUCCAGCAGUUGUACUGUACCUCCACCUUCACACAGUUUGAUAAAGGAAGGAAGGAUGGAUGGAUGAUUGCGUAAACAAGUCCAUGAAUCCAUGCAGCUUUCCUGACCACUUAUGUAAAUGUAAUUAGUGAACAAAAAGCAACAUGCUGUUAUUGUUGUUGUCAGCUAAUAAAAGAGAUAAAUUAUAA